AUGAACGAUUCUGUUGAUUCUGGAUAUUCGUUUACUCCCAAAUAAUAAAAGAAACAGAGUUCAAUUCCUUUUUUAGUUAGCGAAGAAGUGAAAAAGAUCAUAUCCUUUAACAUGACACCUUUUAAAGAAAAUAAUCAUUAAGAAUAAAUAAAAACCCCAAUUACGGAAGGGUACGAUAGGAAAUUAUAGGAUGCUAUUAAGUAAUUAGAAAUUGAAGAAUUGAUCACUGAUCCAAUAGAUUUCUUAUGUCGAAAUACUGCAACUAAUAUUAUUUGCUCACUAAAUUUAAAUACAAUUUAACGAUCAAUUUUAUUUUAAUUGCUAUCCAUUUUAGUAGAUGGUUUGGUUGUCAUAAUCUCAUACAAUUACGUGUUGCUUAAGGAGAAAUUAAGAAGAAUACAGGACAUCGUAUCAUGGGCAGCUAUCAAUCCUGAAGUUCCCAAUCAUUAGAUUGAGUUCAUAGUUAAGAAUAUCUCAAGCAGGAAUAUUAAAUUAUUAAUAGUACAUCCAGAACAGGCUAAUUUAAUUGAUCUAUCAAAUCUAGAUAUCAAACUACUCCUGCUAGAUCAAUCCAAUUAUUAUUUGUCAUUUACAGAAAUAGGCAAAGUACAAACAGAUCUUACAAAAUAAUUAGCAAAAGCCAAUGCUGAAUUCAUUCACAUUCUAUUACCCAUUACCUAAAGUGUCUUUAUUCAAGAUCUCCGAUAAUCAUAACCAUUCAACAGAACAUACUAGACAUAUAGAGAAUCAUUCAGUCCGAAAACUCAGAUUACAUGUUCAAAGGAUGAGAGCCCUAUUAAAUCAUUGAUCUCAUUACUAAGAAGUUAACGACUAUAUAGAAAGACUGGGAUUGCUGUCUUCUGUCAUAAUAUUAGUGCUGUAGAAUCAGUUCAGUUUACUUUAUAGUAAAAUGGAUUUAAGAGUAAUUCAAUCCAUUAAAAAAAACCUGAAAGUUAAAGACAGGCCAGUUAUUAUGAUUUUGCUUCUUAAAAUAUUGAUAUAAUAGUUUUACCAAGUGGAUUUCAGUUGCCAGAAGGAUUAAAGAAUUUUGUUUAUCUUUCUGUUCACCUGUAUUUGCCAUUAAACAUUGAAACUUUCAUUUUGGAUAUAUCAGAAUUAAAUAGAGAAGCCAAUUCUCAUAUCUUUUUAUGUGAUGAAUAUUAUUUCACAUAAAGAACUGAAUUAAGUUCAAAUUUUAUUCAAAUAGAGAAUUUAGCUAUCUUUAUGCAGGAUUGUGUUUAUACAAAUGAUUUGAUAUAAAAAGAUGAAAAUGAUAUAUCUUAUUGGUUGACUAAGAAAUGGUUGCAUUUGUAAAAUUCUGAAUAAUCUGAAGUGAAAAUCAAAAAGAUUCUUCUAAAUGAAACCUCAUUAAAUUAUGAUUUUAGUAAAAAACAAAUCUAACUUUUUCUGUAAGAAUUAGAAAAAGAGAAAUGGCUUGAAAUUUAAGUAUCUGUUCCAGUAGAAUUGAUAUUAUCGCAACUACCAGAAGAUGAGCAGAUAGCUCAGAAUGUCUAAAUUUAUGGCAAGAAGUCUGGCAGUUUAAAUGGCUAUAAAUGUGCAGUUGAUGAUUUGCUGAAAGGAUCUGUGAUGACUCCAAUUUAAUUGAUUAAUAAAUUAAAGUAAUAAAAAGUCAAGUUUGAAAUUUCAGAGGAAGCAUAGAUAAUUAAAUUAACACAUUUCCCAUCAUAAUCGGAAUUAUAAGCUAAAGUUUUGGAUAUAUAUUCGGAUAUCAAACGAUAGAAUAUAAUUCGAAUUAACAAUCUAGAUUAGAUGUAUACGAUGGCAAGAACAGGGGCCUUUCGAUCUUUGGAAUAUAUGUGGAAACAAAUUUAACUUUAAAAGAAUUCUACAUAAUUGACUGAUUUCAUUCAAUAGUAUUUGGAUCAGACCAUCUAUUCUGAUUUGACAGGACACAAUAAUCUACCAUUUAUAAAACUUGAAACUUAAAGAGAAAAGUCAACUCUUUUGUAAGAUGUCAAGUGUAUUAUAAAUCAUUACAACUUAGUAGAUUUCGGAUUGUCUUGGAUACAGAAGGAAAACUGUUCUACAAAAAUCUUAGUUAUAUUGCAAGGCCUAAAAACCAGUAAAAAGGAGUUGAAAUCAUUGCAUCAAUGGAACAAAUAUAGAUAAUAUAAUUAUUUGAAAAUUCAUGAGAUGAUUCACGAAUAAUUAGAAUAGUUAGAAACAAAAUUAAUGUGUUAAAGCAAAAAGAAAAUUAAAAUUUGA